AUGAAGGAUCGAAAACCAAAAAUGCUAGACUCAAGAGUCUAGACUAACAAGCGAAGGAUUAGCGUAUCGAGAUAUCAUCUCAUCGGGUGUCUCCGCCGUCUUAAAUCGACCUUGUCGGAUUCCGAGACGACGAAGCAGGAGUAAAUAUGUCUGGGAGGUUGCUGAAGAAAGUUCUCAAGGAACAUGAAGAAUCGAAACACAGGAAUCAUCACGAUGAAGGGGAGGAGGAAGAAGAAGAAGAAGAAGAAGAAGACGAGAAUCUUGAUGGUUCGAGAGGCCGUUCUUCGAUUAAUCCUUUUGAUCUCUUGAACGAAGGUGAUGAAGAUCCUGACUCCGAAAAGGAGAUAGAUAUAGAUGAUGAGUCUAUAAUUGAGAUGAAGAAUGAAGAUGCUGAUAAUGUGCAACCGGCUUCAAAGAAUAAGUCUAAGAAAAAGAAAAAGAAGAAAACCAAAGAGAGUCGUUCUAAUGUGGCAAAGCCUGAGAUCACUUUGGAUGAAACUUUAGAAGCACUUUCUCUCGAUGCUAACUCUAAGAAAGAAAAGUUUCAGGAAACAAAACCACCUUCUGAUUCUGCGAAAAGGGCUUCUUCACGAUCCGUGCUGGAAAUAGAUCCCAAGUAUCUAAAUCUUGAAAACGAGUUGAGGAGAAUGUAUGGUUCAAAGGUCGUUAGAUCACUUGAGAGUAGCAGUCAAGCUGGUGGUAGCUCUAGACAGGGACGAGUAGGAAGACGUGGAAUCCAUCACAUCACAAAGACGGUUUUGAUUUCUCCGAUGGAGAAUUGGUCUCGCUGGGAUCGGUCUUUCUCAAUGGAGUUUCUAGAGACUAAAGAUGGAUACAACUACUUCAGAUAUACCCAUUCAUCCACAUAUGAGCAGGCUCAGAGGGCAUUUCAGGCCGCACAAGCCAUUCAUGAUUUAAACGGUGUAGCAAGUGUCCUUAUAAACCAUCCUUACCAUAUUGAUUCACUUAUAACUAUGGCAGACUACUUCAAGUUUGUGGGUGAGCAUCAAAUGGCUGCUGAUGCCAUCGGAAAAUGCUUGUACGGUUUGGAGCGCGCGUGGCACCCAAUGUUCACUCCGUUCCAAGGUAACUGCCGGUUGAAGUUUAGUCAUGAGACAAACAAGCCGUUUUUCACGACGCUUUUCGCUCACAUGAGGAACAUGGAUAGGCGUGGCUGCCAUAGAUCAGCAUUGGAAGUCUGCAAACUCUUGCUUUCGCUGGACACAGACAAUCCAGUAGGUGCAUUGUUUUGUGUCGACUAUUUCGCUUUGAGAGCAGAGGAGUAUGCGUGGCUGGAGCAGUUCUCGGAGGAGUACCAAAGUGAUAACUCUUUAUGGCUCUUCCCGAAUUUCUCGUAUUCGCUUGCUAUUGCCCGGGUUUACCUCGAGAAAAUGGAGUCUUCCUCUUCCUCUGAAGCUGGUAGUCUUAUGGAUACUUCAAAGUCAAGCUCUUUAGAUCUCAUGAUGCAAGCUUUGAAGCUUCAUCCGACAGUGCUCAAGAAACUAGUGGACAAGGUACCUUUGAAAGAUCAGGCAUGGACAAAGAUUCUCAAGCAUUCUUACUUCCGAUCAGAGCAAUCAAAGAACCCGUCCUUGGAUCACCUUAUCAACAUAUAUGUGGAGAGGAAUUACCUUAUAUGGAGGCUUCCAGAUGUCCAGAAACUGCUUCGUAGUGCUGCUGAUUUAGUCAUUGAGUCACUGGAAGAAAACGCAACCGAAGGAGAGGACUUCUUGCGUGCAAGGGAAGAAGCUUUCCCUGCUAAGAAUAACGAGUACUCUCAUUUAUCAACACAUGACUUCUCUGAUUCGGUGCCGACUCUCCCACCAGACAAUUUGCAGAAUUUUGUGGCUGAUCCAAGAAUGGGAGGAGAUCAAGUGGCUGCAGGAGUCGGUGGUCACCACCACCAAGCACCACCACCGCCACGUGGUUUGGAAAAUCGGAAUGCAUUGGCUGUGUUGUUUGAGUCAAUUCUUCCAUGGGCACAAUACGGAGAUGAAGAUGAUGAGAUUGCACAUGAUGCUGAUCACCAGCCAGACAACAAUGCCUAAAUAAAUGGGCUCUGUUAGGACUCUAUGUGCUAAAAAAUGUCGACUUUCUUUAGCCUGAGACAAACCAAGAUCUGAGACUUUGAGUGACAGUUAACAGAACACACUUCAAGAACAGAGUUCUAAAAUAACAGAGGAAAGAGAUUGCAGAGAUGAUGAAAUGCAGAAACUAACUGAAAGAAAAGGAGCACAUACAAGUUUAACGAGUUCACGCCGUUAAAGGACGCUACAUCUCGCCGAGGCUCACCUCGGAAUCCACUAGAACCAAUAGAGAACAGCUGUUACAACAAGAAGAAUCAAGAGAUCCGCCUAAUGCCCUUCACUAGCACUUAGACACUCUUCGAUUCUUACUUGUAUCAAGAAAACUAUUACAAAGCUUAUGCUAAAUAGAAUUUUCUCUUA